CGUCGUCGUAAUCAUUGCUCUUUCUUAUUGGAUUUCCGAACGAUUGUAACAGACUGAGCUUUUCAAGCGAAAAUAAUGCUAGUUCUAUGAUAGCACGUGCCCUUAACCCUAGACAGCCUCAGCUCCAGCUCCAGCUCCAGCUCCAGCGGGUGCGGCAUGGAGCACAGCAGCAGCAGCAACAACAACAGCAACGAGCCCCCAGCGCUCGAGCCAGCGGAGUCAAGUGCCACGCCCACACCCACGGCCAGCUGCGAUGAGCCGCCGCCGCCGCCUCCAACUCUGGCCACGCAAAUCACCUCAAUCGACGGAUUCUUCAACCGCAAACGCGGCAGACCGCCCAAAAAUCGAUUCGUGGAAGUCUAUAAGAGCACUCAGCAGUCACCUCAGGCCAUCUUCACCAGUUUCAAAUUGGAAAAAAAUGAUCCAUCCUCUGGCUGCGGCUUGGCAAGUUCCGCAGAUGCAGCCGAUGAGCGGCCCACUGCCUUGAGGCUUGGGGCUGGCGCUGGCGCCGAGGAAUCGACUGCAACAGAUCUCACACCUAGUCGUAGCAGAAAGAGAGCCCGCGUUUGGACUGUGGAUCUACACAGAAGCUCCGCAAAUGUGCGCAGCGCAAGUCCUACUGAAAGAACGAAGUACGCUUCGACGAGGGAGUUACCUAAUAGGGAUGGAUCGCCAGUUCCGCUGAUGUUUAGUACGCCUAGCACACAGCAAGCUGCAGUCAGCAAGUCCGUGGAAAGAGUUUCUGUGGUUCGUGCAGCGGGCACCUUCUAUCCAGAGAACGCCAGCUCAGCUCAGGCAGCGGAGCUCUCGGACAACUCCGGCAGAUAUGGGUCGCUGCCCAGCACAGAUUGCAGUGCCGAUCAGCCGGAAGAUCUGAGCAUGCGCACCGGCGCGGCGGUAACAGCGAAUGGGCGUGGCGAGCCGGAGACGAAGCUGCUGCAGUUCAAGCAGCUGCUCGACCUGUACCAGCGCCAGGUGCUGCUGCCCAGUUUCCUGGCUGCGGCCAGCCAACCCGCAGCGCUGGACAUGCGCAUGCUGCUGGAGAAUGCGGCGCAGCAGAAGAUGCUGCUGAUCAAUGCGGCGGCAGCGGGCGCCGUAGCAGCAGCAGCGGCCGCCGCAGCAGCCACAGCCACAGCCCCAACGGGCGCAGCGGCAGAGGAGACGUCGCCAACAGCUGCAGCUGCACCAAUCGCACCAACGUCCGCUCGCGCUGCUGGUAAGCGGGUCAGGGAUCAGGACAUACCCACGGGCUACCUCAAGUUCCGCUUCAACGAGGACUGCGGCUUCGAGCGCUGCGGCUAUCGCAAUCACCAGUCGCACUUCCACUGCAACCGGCGCGACUGCCACUACAGCUUCUGCGACAAGACGCGCUUCGUGCAGCACACGGCGCGGCACGAGCGCAUGGACAGCCUCAUGGGCGAGGACUUUCGCCAGUACCGCGCGAACAUGCGGUGCGGCGUGCCGGACUGUUGCUAUGCGACGCAGGCGGCGGCAGCAGGUGCGACAGACGACAGCCUGGGCUUGGGUGCGCCCAAGAAGUCCUCGCACUUCCAUUGCCGUAAGUGCGACUACGUCUGCACCGACUCCAACAAGGUGGUGGCCCAUCGACGGCUGCACCUGCGACUGGAGUACGUGCGCUCGGCCGGCUUCCGGAAGAUCGCCAGCAACGAGCCCUGCGACUCACCUGGCUGCACCUAUGCGCUGCGGCACACGCACUACCACUGCACCACCUGCGAUUGCAGCGUCCUCUCGCGCGCUCAGCUCGCCUCGCACCGCCACCGGACACUGGGCCAGGCCGCCAAGCAGCUGGCGGAGGGUGCCGCAGGCUCCAGCUCCGCACUGGACGUCGAGGCAUAUCCCUAGGCCAGGGGCUCUGCAAAAGCUACAGAAGCCAUACAAAUCCAAAUGCAAUAUGUAAAUUAGAUCAAAUUAAAUGAAGCUAAGUGAAGAGAACUAAAACUUGAAA